AUGCCGAUACUUUGUCGUACAAGCAACAGAAAAAGCCUGAUCCUGACCACCACGUCUCCCACGCUGCCUCGUCCACACUCCCCUCUGCCUCUCCCCGGACACCUCGGAAGCAGCCCUCUGGACAGCCCACGAAACUUCUCUCCCAGCAACCCGGCGCACUUCUCGUUCGCCUCCUCCAGAAGGGCGGAUGGACGGCGAUGGUCUUUAGCAUCGCUGCCGUCCUCUGGAUAUGGCACCAACACUCCCAGCUCAACGGUAAACCCAGGACGCUCUUCCUCCUGCUACGAUAAUGAGAUCGUCAUGAUGAACCAUGUGUACAAAGAGCGCUUUCCAAAGGCCACGGCGCAGAUGGAAGGGAGGCUGGCCGAGUUCAUCCACGCUUUCUCGCCGGAAAAUGUUCUUCCGCUGGCCGACGGAGUUCUCAGUUUCAUCCACCACCAGAUAGCCGAGCUGUCCAGGGACUGUCUGGCCAAAGCCCGCGAGGGUCUCAUCACCUCGGUCUACUUCUUCGAGCUGCAGGAGAAUCUGGAGAAGCUGCUUCAUGAUGCCUUUGAGCGGUCGGAGAGCUCUGAGGUCGCCUUCGUCACAGAGUUGGUGAAAAAGCUUCUCAUCAUCAUCUCCCGACCCGCGAGGCUUUUGGAGUGUCUGGAGUUCAACCCUGAGGAGUUCUACCACCUGCUGGAGGCGGCCGAGGACCACGCCAAGGAGGGUCAUCUGAUGAAAACAGACAUUCCUCGAUACAUCAUCAGCCAGCUGGGACUGACCAGAGACCCGAUCGAAGAAAUGGUGAACCUCGACAGCUACGACAGCGAGGGACCAGUAACGCCCGAAACCGAUGACUCAACAGAGGGUAAGAUGAGAGCGAUGAAACCACCAGGGGAGGCAGAUUUUCAGACUAUCAAGCUCAUCAGUAAUGGAGCGUAUGGCGCCGUGUACUUGGUGCGUCAUCUGGAGACACGCCAGCGAUUUGCCAUGAAGAAGAUUAACAAGCAAAACUUGAUCCUGAGGAACCAAAUCCAGCAGGCCUUUGUGGAAAGAGAUAUCCUCACCUUCGCGGAGAACCCCUUUGUCGUCUCCAUGUUCUGCUCCUUCGAAACCCGUCGGCACCUCUGCAUGGUCAUGGAGUACGUAGAAGGUGGGGACUGUGCCACUCUGCUGAAGAACAUCGGGGCUCUGCCGGUGGAAAUGGCUCGCAUGUACUUUGCAGAAACAGUCCUCGCGCUGGAGUACUUGCACAAUUACGGCAUCGUGCACCGGGACCUGAAGCCUGACAACCUCCUGAUUACCUCGAUGGGCCACAUCAAGCUGACGGACUUCGGCCUGUCUAAGAUGGGUCUGAUGAGUCUGACCACCAACUUGUAUGAGGGACACAUAGAGAAGGACACUCGGGAGUUUUUGGAUAAACAGGUGUACGGAACUCCUGAGUACAUCGCCCCGGAGGUUAUUCUCCGUCAGGGCUAUGGGAAGCCGGUGGACUGGUGGGCGAUGGGCAUCAUCCUGUAUGAGUUCCUGGUGGGCUGCGUGCCGUUCUUUGGAGACACGCCGGAGGAGCUGUUCGGACAAGUCAUCACAGACGACAUCGUGUGGCCUGAAGGGGAUGAAGCUCUUCCAGUCGAUGCCCAACACCUUAUUUCCUCCCUGCUGCAGACUAAUUCGCUGGUUCGACUGGGCACAGGUGGUGCUUUUGAAGUGAAGCAGCACUCGUUCUUCACAGAGGUGGACUGGAACAGCCUGCUGAGACAGAAGGCAGAGUUCAUCCCUCACCUUGAGUCAGAGGAAGACACCAGUUAUUUUGACACUCGCUCUGAGCGCUACCAUCACGUGCACUCCUAUGAUGAAGACGAUACCAAUGACGACGAGCCCGUGGAGAUUCAUCGCUUCUCGUCCUGCUCUCCUCGCUUUAGCAAGGUGUACAGCAGUAUGGAGCAUCUGUCCCAGCUGGAGCAUAAACCCCACACAGUGACUCUACGGGAGCACAAAGUCCCCAGAGAGGAUCGAAUGGCCAAGAGAGAGAGCCUGGGAAGUGUCACCCUGAGAGACAAGAGCUGGAGGACGGGCUCACCUGAGAUGAAGCGCUUGUCCUGCUCUGAGUCCUCCUUCACUGAGAGCGACUCGAGCCCGCCGUCCGGAGCCCGACGACGCUUCUCCGCCCUCAUGGACACGUACCGCCUGGCCUCCCCUCUGGAGCUGGACUCUGAGCUGCCUGUUCCAAGCAAACAACCUCCGGUGAAGGCAAGAGGGACUUCCCUGGAAGGAGCAAUGGGCGCCAUCUCAUCUCAGGGCGAUCUGAGAUGCUUCCUUAAAGACAGUAACGGCUUCACAGCUGGAGACAAAGUUUUGAGACCUGCUGAUGCAUCACUGCCGCUGCCCAUCAGUGCGACCAUUCUGGGCCUUCCAGACCCACUGGGGUCCCGCGGGGCCACAACAGACCUGGUGCUCCGGAGAGUUCGCCACCAGCAGCUCUCAGCCGAGGGAGAAAAACGGAACUCACGACCAGGAACCAAAGUUAUCAAAUCUGCCUCUGCUACUGCUCUGUCCGUCAUCAUCCCUGCAGUGGAGCAGCAUGGCGCCUCCCCUCUAGCGAGCCCCAUGUCUCCUCGCUCCCUCUCGUCCAACCCCUCCUCUCGUGACUCCUCCCCGAGCCGGGACUACUCGCCCAUGGUCAACAUCCUGCAUUCUCCAAUCACCAUCCACCGCUCGGGGAAGAAGUAUGGUUUCACCCUGCGAGCCAUCAGAGUCUACAUGGGAGACAGCGACGUGUACAGCGUGCACCACAUGGUCUGGCAUGUGGAGGAUGGAGGUCCCGCCCAGGACGCCGGACUCAGUGCAGGUGACCUUAUCACUCACGUAAACGGGGAGUCAGUUCAUGGUCUGGUCCAUACUGAGGUAGUGGAGCUAAUCCUUAAGAGUGGAAACAAGGUGACAGUUACGACUACUCCCUUUGAGAACACCUCCAUAAAAGUUGGUCCAGCCCGCAAGUCCAGCUAUAAAUCCAAGAUGGCCCGACGCAGCAAGAGGACCGGAGCCAAGGAAGGACAAGAUAAGAAGCGCAGCUCCCUCUUCCGGAAAAUCACCAAGCAGUCCAACCUGCUGCACACCAGCCGGAGCCUCUCCUCUUUAAAUCGCUCCCUAUCUUCUGGAGACAGUCUGCCUGGUUCCCCCACCCACAGCCUGUCCGCCCGCUCACCCACUCAGAGCUACCGCUCCACUCUGGAAUCCCCUUAUCUGGGCACCUCAUCUCAGAGCAGCUCCCCAGCAUCCAGCACUCCCAACUCGCCCGCAGCCUCCCACCACAUGAGGCCCAGCUCCCUGCACGGCCUGUCUCCCAAACUUCACCGCCAGUACCGCUCCGCUCGCUGCAAAUCUGCCGGCAACAUCCCCCUGUCCCCCCUGGCUCACACCCCGUCCCCGACCACCUCCUCUCCACCGCCGCUCACCGGCCACACCGUGGGGAGCUCCAACACAACGCAGAUGUUCCCCGCCAAGCUGCACUCCUCGCCUCCUGUCGCCCGGCCCCGACCCAAGAGCGCCGAGCCGCCCAGGUCCCCCCUGCUCCAGCGGGUGCAAUCCGCGGAGAAGUUAGGAGCACCGAUUUUGCCUUCCUCCUCCUCCUCGUCAUCGUCGCCUUCUCCUCUCACGGGAGGGGUGUCGUUGCGUAAGCAUAGCCUGGAGGUGACGCACGGGGACUACAGGAGAGAGUCCUUCCACUGCGAGCACAGUCUGCAAAGCCUGCUGGAGAUGGAAGGAGAGAACGGACCUGCUCCCCCGUCUCCCUCGUCGUCCUCCUCCCCCUCUCCGCCGAUGGGAGGCGAGAUCGGAGGCCUGAAGCCCGUGAGGAGGCUGGGAAGGCAGGAGUCGCCGCUCAGCCGUGACACACUUCUAACAACAAGAGAGAAAGAUACACAAACCACAGAGCUCGCUGGGUCGCAAACUGAGAGCACCGCUCCGAAAGCGGAGUCCAAAACCGGUGCUGUCGACACGAGUAAAACGUUAUCUACUGCUGAGGUUGUGAGGAGCAGCGCAAAAGCAGUUGACAUCAAGUCUAGUGCCUCGUCCACAGAAACCAAGCCCAGUCCUGUGACCAAACCUCAAAAUGUAACCACCUCAAGUUCAGAAGCAGCCAAGAGCAAACCCAGCGAGAAAGUCUCCACUCCAGGCACAACAAAGGGACAGAAGGAUGCUAAGCAGCAGAGCGCACAAACAGACAGCGGGCCUGCCACUAAAGCUCAGGAGAAGCCUGAGGAGAAAGGGAAAGCUGCCGCAGACAAAGGUAACCUGCAGAAAGCAGCAGCUGCAGAGCAGCCCAAGCAACGUAAAGGCGCAGAGGGAGCAGAGAGAGGAGGCGUAGGUGGCGGUGAUAAAGCAGCUGACACAACCAAGAUUAAAGGACCUGCACCCCCGGUUCCCAGCCAGGUUCAAACCCACGCUGCAGCCAGACACAAAGAGCCGACAAGCAGCUACAGAGGAGCCAAGGAGGAGAGGGCGCACCUGGAGGUCCUGGAGGAGAAUCCCAUGUCCCCCUCCUCCAAUGCAGCCUCGCCCUGCUCGAGCAAGUCCCGGCCCAUGUCUCCAGGGGAUAAAGGCAGCUUUGUUACCCAGCUCACAAGUGUGGCCAAAACGGUGCUCGGGCCUAUGAAGGAGGGGGGGAAGGUAAAAGACGCCUCCAAGUCAAGUGAGGAGAAGCGGGGAGGCGCAGCGGGGAAAGCAGAGGCUUCGACUGGGGGAGUCCGCCGGGGGGCUCAGACAGCAGCCGGUGCCGGUACGCUCCAGUCUGAUAAAGGAAACAGUCGCAGCUCCAAGCAUCACUCAUGAUCAGAGGAGCUGCACAAAGAGUGAGACUCUCCCAUGUAAUGCCUUUUACUGUAGCAUCACACCGACAUAUCAUGACUUUAAAAGACGGGAAGACGUAAAUGCCUGAAGAAAAAAAACAAACAAACAAAAAACACCAAAAAGAUGACAUGUAGACAAACAAGAUGUGAACAAAGAUGCAUC